AUCCAACCAAACCAAACGUCAAAAUUCCAGUCCACAGUUUUUAAAUUCCUGCAAAAAUUCCUUCACCAAACCCAUGCUCAUAAGUUAAAAAAUCCCGCAUCCAAUGCACGCGUCUUUAUUGACCAUUGCUACGUAAAUUGCUUUUUGAAAAUAUAGGCUUUGUUACAAAAUUUCAUCAUAAUUUCUUAUCAAUACUAUACCUACGUCAUUCCUAUUUCUUUCACGACUUAAAGUUGUGUGUUUCACUGAGCAAGGCCAUCGUUUAGUUAUCCGGUGUUGCUGAGAGUGCACGGUCGCUUUGCAUUUAUAACAAAAACGUCCGAUCUUAUUUCAGUUUUUUUUUUCUAGUGUCUAAGCCCGGUAACCUUGGUGUAGGAAGGCCGCGAGUUUUUCAUAUUUAGUGUGAAUUCUAUUCGGCCACGAUGUUGAAAAGUGCUUCGAAGGUGACAAUAAACACUGGUAACGUGUUGAACUUAAUUGAUAUUAAGAAAAAGGCUGGGCAGAAUGUAACAGAGGAGCUAUCAGAGAGCAUCAAGCUAACUCUAUCAGAAUGGGGCUCCCAAAACGGCGUGAAGCUCCAAAACGGCACCGAAGACCCAGACGCCUCGCACGCCUCCGACUACGUGGUCCAAUCCUCCGUAGUCACUGGCACCAGCUCCGAAGUCCUAGUCAACAUCACCAGGCCCCACGACGAUGUGCAGAUCAAGAUGGCUGAGGAGGAACGGAAGAAUCUGAAGAUUGGUGUGAAGAUAUUUAUUAAUGAGGACAGUACGAGUGCGCUCGGUGAAUGUUUGGAGAAUGUAUUCACGGCGCUACACACAACAGUGAUAGACAACGUGAUACUAGCAUACAACCCGGACAUACCUCCCAAAGACCAGACCGAGCCCAAGACAGCAUAUUCAAACAAGGCGUCGCCUAUAUCCCUGAGCAAUAACGUUGGAGCAAAAAUCCCUUCGGAGACGGAUGCGGACAGCGAAGCAGAUGCGCGCAAGUGUGAAGCUAUACUUCCGGGGAUCAAGGUGUUGUGGGCCGUAUUAGAAGACUAUGUCAAAAACGGUAGAGUGAACCUGCUAGGCGUGGCUGAUGUGGGCGGCGGCUGCCUGUACAAACUGCACGCCUGGGCCAAAGUAAAGCCGACCAUAGCUCAAAUAAACCUGGCCUCGUGCUGCGUAGUGCCGCCUUCCCUGCACGCCUUCUGUCGCGCCAACGACGUGCAGCUGCUGACACAUGCUGACCCCCCAGAUCUACUCUCACUAGCUGCCGUAAAGACCCUGUCAGAAGUGGGCGUGGGCUGCGACAACCUAGACUGGUGCGCGCGCUACCAAGUCCACAUCAAAUGUCGCGGCGUACUCGCACUAAAGGGGUACGUGUGUAAGGCCACGCUGGAUAAGAAGGUUAAAUAG